UUUCAUCAUCGUCUUCUUCAACCUUAUUUCCACCCUUAUCCACCUCCACCCCUCAAACCAUAACCAACCAUGGCUUCUUCAUCUCUCUUUUCCCCAACCCCUAGAACAACAACAACAGCAGACCUUCAAUCUCCAUGGUCAACCCAAAAAGUCAAACCAAGAAAACCCCCAAAACCCACCACUCAUCUCCCCACUCUUCAGCUCUUCAAAACCCCAUCUCUAAACCCCUUAAUUUACUCUUCUUCUUUCCCCCACAACCUAAAGUUACCAUCUUUAAAACACCCAAUUUGUUCCACACAUUCCCACCCUUUACCAGACUCCAUAGACGAAAAUUUCACCAAGAAUCUUGAAAAGCUUGCAACUUUACAACAAAUCCCAAAUGGGUUUGAUUCAGUUUCCAAUUUGGAGAUGAACCCAAAAAGGGUUUACAUUCAAGAACCCCCUUGGAUUACUUCUCUGCUGAUGAAGAAUUUUUACAGAAACAAUGUUAAGAAAAGGGUAAAAGUGGAAAUUGAUAAGAGAAAUUAUUAUAUUUUGAGGAGGAGACAGAUUAAGGCUGAAACUGAGGCUUGGGAUAAGAUGACUGAAGAGUACAGGGAGUUUCAAAGAGAGAUGUGUGAGAAGAAAUUGGCACCGAAUUUGCCGUAUGUGAAGUCAUUGUUUGCGGGUUGGUUUGAGCCGUUGAGUAUAGCGAUCGAGAAGGAGCAGAAGUCGCCGAAUACUAAGAAGCAUCAGGAGGCUUAUGCUCCUUAUAUUGACUCAUUGCCUGCUGAUAAAAUGGCUAUUAUUGUUAUGCAUAAGAUGAUGGGGUUGUUGAUGAUGGGGCAUGAUUAUCGGUAUGUUCGGGUGGUUCAAGCAGCUAUUCAGAUUGGAAUGGCAGUUGAGCUCGAGGUUAGAAUACAGACUUUCUUGGAGAGAACAAAGAACGGCCCAAAAACGGUCUUAAUUCAAGCUCAAGAAGAGGAAGCCAAAGAAAACGAGAUGCUUAGAAAACGUGUUAAAACUUUAAUCAAACGGAAAAAAAUAAGGGAGGUGCAAAAGAUUUUGCAAAAUGAAGAAUAUAUACCUUGGGGCAGAGACAAGCAAGCAAAGCUGGGAUGCCGUCUUAUCGAGUUAUUAACGGAAAUAGCUUAUGUUCAAUCUCCGGUUAGCCAGUCAGCUGACGCCCCACCUGAUAUUCGACCAGCAUUUCGGCAUAUCUUCAAGAUUAUAGCAAUGGAGUCAGGUCAAAUCAGAAAGUGUGGAGUUAUUGAAUGCGAUAAAAUGAUCCUCACUGGACUUGAAAGAACCGCUCGACACAUGAUAAUUCCUUACGUGCCUAUGUUGGUGCCCCCAAGAAAGUGGAAAGGGUAUGACAAUGGGGGACACUUCUACUUACCUUCAUAUCUCAUGCGUACUCAUGGAUCUAAACAACAACAAGAGGCCGUCAAGAACGCUCCAUUUUCUCAAAUGAAGAAGAUAUAUGAGGCAUUGGAUACACUUGGAAACACCAAAUGGAGGAUAAAUAAAAGAUUACUUGAUGUUGUUGAGAGCAUUUGGGCUUCAGGCGGUGAUAUUGCGGGACUCGUUAAUCGCGAAGACGUUUCCAUUCCUGAUUUGAACUCUGAGGACUCGAGUGAAAUACGGGAAUGGAGGUGGAGUGUGAGGAAAGCAAAGAAACUCAACCAAGAACUUCAUUCUCAACGAUGUGACAUAGAACUAAAGCUUUCGGUGGCUCGAAGGAUGAAAGACGAAGAAGGCUUUUACUAUCCGCACAAUCUCGACUUUCGGGGCCGCGCGUAUCCAAUGCACCCGCAUUUAAACCAUUUAAGUUCCGAUUUAUGUAGAGGGAUUCUCGAGUUUGCUGAAGGAAGGCCGUUAGGGAAAUCGGGUUUACGUUGGUUAAGAAUACAUUUAGCAAAUCUGUACGGUUCUGGAGUUGAGAAACUUUCGUAUGACGGUCGAUUGCAAUUUGUGGAAGAUCAUAUAAAUGAUAUUAUCGAUUCGGCUGAUAAUCCACUUGGUGGAAACCGAUGGUGGUUAACCGCUGAAGACCCGUUUCAGUGUUUGGCUGCUUGUAUUAAUUUGUCGGAAACGCUAAAAAGUUCGUCACCUCAUACCGUCAUUUCUCAUCUGCCAGUUCAUCAGGAUGGUUCUUGCAAUGGGCUCCAGCACUAUGCUGCAUUGGGACGAGACACUUUAGAAGCUGCUGCAGUGAAUCUAGUUGCCGGAGAGAAACCUUCUGAUGUUUACUCAGAGAUUGCCGCAAGGGUUCAUGAGAUCAUGCAACGGGACAGUGAAAAAGAUCCAACAAGUUAUCCAAACGCUUUACUAGCCAGACUUCUGAUCGGACAGGUGAACAGAAAACUAGUCAAACAAACAGUAAUGACUUCAGUCUACGGCGUUACAUUUGUUGGGGCACGUGAACAAAUUAAAAGACGGCUACAGGAGAAGGGUCACAUUACCGAUGACCAACUGCUGUUUAGUGCAUCUUGUUAUGCUGCUAAAGUCACACUUGAGGCACUUGAAGAGAUAUUCGAAGCUGCACGCGGUACAAUGUGUUGGCUUGGUGAUUGUGCAAAGGUGAUUGCUACUGAAAAUCAACCUGUUCGGUGGACAACCCCUCUAGGCCUUCCUGUUGUGCAGCCUUAUUUCAAAACUAAACGUCAUAUUAUAAAAACCUCUCUUCAGGUCUUAGCUUUGCAACGAGAGGGUAGCACGGUCGAGGUUAAAAAACAAAGAACCGCAUUCCCGCCGAACUUUGUGCAUUCGCUUGACGGUACACACAUGAUGAUGACGGCUGUUGCUUGCAGGGAUGCUGGAUUACGUUUCGCAGGCGUUCAUGAUUCCUUCUGGACACAUGCAUGUGACGUUGACAAGAUGAACGUAAUACUUCGAGAAAAAUUUGUAGAGCUUUACAGGACGCCAAUACUUGAAAACCUGCUUGAGAGUUUUCAAACGACAUAUCCAGGGCUCGAGUUCCCGCCCCUACCCCCGAGAGGAGAUUUUGACCUGAACGAAGUUCUGAAAUCACCGUACUUUUUCAACUAAUCUGCGUUAUAUAAACAUGACCGUAUUUUUACAAGCCAGCCAGAUGCAUCAAGAUGUAGAUCAAUGAUUGUAAAGUAUCGAGAUCCUAUAAUGUUCUCAACAUGUUGAUGCUCCAGGAUAAAGAGAUUUGAAACUGUGUUGACCUCAAAAGUCAAAGGAUGCAGAGUCAAAAUAUGAACUUUUUCUUAGGCGCAUUUAGAGUGGUUCCAGAGCGGUUUUCAGGAGCGGAAAAUGUACAUUUUGUGGAGGUGGUUUCAGGUGCAGCAGUUGACCAUCAUGGGUUUCGGUAGGUUCACUGUAGAUUAUGAACCCGAGAUGAUCAUCACGGCUGCUGAGAAGUUGAGCUAAUUAGGCGGGUUCUUAAAAGUCGUUUUUGUGUAAAUGUUAUAUUCAUAUUAAUCCUGUACGAUUUUGUUUGGAGAAAUAAGAUGAUUAAAAUCUAUUUGUUUAUUGUAUAUGCUAUCAAAUAACAUUAUUAGUGACGGAUUCAAGUGCCUUCAAA